CGGGCGCAGCGCAAACAUGGCGGCGACUGGCGCGGGCUGGUGAGGCGGUACCGGGCGGGGGCUGUUGGGUGUCAUGGGCGGUGGCGGUGGCACCGCCCCCGCAUCUCCCUGAGCGGGACGGCAGGGGGACCUCUGCGCCGAGCCGGGCGAUGGACGAGAGCGGCGAGCUGGGCGGGCUGGAGACCAUGGAGACCCUCACGGAGCUGGGCGAUGAACUGACUCUGGGGGACAUCGACGAAAUGCUGCAGUUUGUCAGCAAUCAGGUGGGAGAGUUUCCGGACUUGUUUUCCGAGCAGCUGUGCAGCUCCUUCCCUGGUGGCGGGGGCACCAAUGGCGGAGCCACCGUAGACCCUUCGAUGCAGCGCUCAUUCAGCCAGGUCCCCUUGCCUUCCUUCCCUCCCUCAGCCACCUCCCCCCAGACUCCGGCCCUGCAGGUCAAAGUCCCCCAGACCUCCACGGUCACCCCGCCAAGGGCUGCACCUGUUCUCCAGCCCCGCCCCCAGCCCCAGCCUCCACCUCAUGCUCAGCUGCAGCAGCAGACCGUAGUGGUCAGUCCAACGUUCAGCACUGCCCCCCAGACGAGGAUCAUCCAGCAGCCUCUGAUCUACCAGAACGCAGCCACCAGCUUCCAAGUCCUCCAGCCUCAAGUCCAAAGCCUGGUGACAUCUUCCCAGGUGCAGCCGGUCACCAUCCAGCAGCAGGUGCAGACAGUCCAGGCCCAGCGGGUGCUGACGCAGACAGCCAAUGGCACACUGCAGGCCCUGGCUCCAGCCACAGUGCAGACGGUGGCCGCUCCCCAGGUGCAACAGGUCCCGGUCCUGGUGCAGCCUCAGAUCAUCAAAACAGAUUCCCUGGUUUUGACCACCCUGAAAACUGAUGGCAGCCCCGUUGUGGCCGCCGUCCAGAACCCAGCCCUCACCGCCCUCACCACCCCCAUCCAGACAGCCGCCCUACAAGUACCAACCCUGGUGGGCAGCAGUGGGACCAUUCUGACCACAAUGCCUGUGAUGAUGGGGCAGGAAAAAGUGCCCAUUAAGCAAGUACCGGGUGGGAUCAAGCAGCUCGAACCCCCCAAAGAAGGAGAAAGACGGACAACACACAACAUCAUUGAGAAGCGCUAUCGCUCCUCCAUCAAUGACAAAAUCAUCGAGUUAAAGGACCUAGUCAUGGGAUCCGAUGCUAAGAUGCACAAGUCUGGCGUUCUGAGGAAAGCCAUCGAUUACAUCAAAUACUUGCAGCAGGUCAAUCAUAAACUGCGCCAGGAGAACAUGGUGCUGAAGCUGGCAAAUCAGAAAGCCAAGCUCCUGAAGGGUAUCGACCUAGGCAGCCUGGUGGACAAUGACGUGGACCUGAAGAUGGAUGACUUUAACCAGAAUGUCCUUCUGAUGUCACCCCCAGCCUCAGAGUCAGGGUCCCAAGCGGGCUUCUCCCCUUACUCCAUCGACUCAGAGCCAGGAAGUCCUCUGCUGGAUGAUGCAAAGGUCAAAGAUGAGCCGGACUCGCCGCCUGUGGCCCUGGGCAUGGUGGACCGCUCUCGAAUUUUCCUGUGCUUCCUCACCUUCCUGUGCCUCUCCUUUAACCCCCUGACGUCCCUGCUGCAGUGGGGAGGGUCCCGGGACUCGGACCCUUACCCACAUUCAGGCUCCAGCCGCAGCAUACUGUCCUUUGAGUCAGGUUCUGGGAGCUGGUUUGACUGGAUGAUGCCAACGCUCCUCUUGUGGCUGGUCAACGGUGUGAUCGUCCUGAGCGUCUUCGUGAAGCUUCUGGUGCACGGGGAGCCGGUGAUCCGACCACACUCUCGCUCCUCAGUCACCUUCUGGAGACACCGCAAGCAGGCGGACUUGGACCUUGCGAGGGGGGAUUUUGUAGCUGCUGCCACCAACCUCCAGACCUGCCUGUCGGUGCUGGGCCGAGCCCUGCCCACCUCCCGCCUCGACCUGGCCUGCAGUCUCUCCUGGAAUGUGAUCCGCUACAGCCUGCAGAAGCUACGCCUGGUGCGUUGGCUGCUCAAGAAGGUCUUCCAGCGCCGGCGGGCCACCCCAGCCACUGCUGCAGGCUGCGAAGAUGAAGCCAAGACCAGCGCCCGGGAUGCAGCCCUGGCCUACCACACGCUGCAUCAGCUGCACAUCACAGGGAAGCUGCCUGCAGGAUCCGCCUGUUCAGACGUGCACAUGGCCUUGUGCGCCGUCAACCUGGCCGAGUGUGCUGAGGAGAAAAUCCCACCAAGCACACUGGUUGAGAUCCAUCUGACUGCCGCCAUUGGCCUCCAGACCCGCUGUGGAGGCCAGCUGGGCUUCCUGGCCAGCUACUUCCUCAGUCGUGCCCAGAGCCUGUGUGGUCCCGAGCGCAGCACCGUCCCCGACUCUCUGCGCUGGCUCUGCCACCCCCUGGGCCAGAAGUUUUUCAUGGAGCGGAGCUGGUCGGUGAGGUCGGCUGCCAAGGAGAGUCUGUACUGUGCCCAGAGGAAUCCAGCUGACCCCAUUGCCCAGGUGCACCAGGCAUUCUGUGAGAACCUGCUAGAGUGUGCUGUGGAAGCCUUAGUAAAGCCGCAGGCCAAAAAGAAAGCUGGCACCCAGGACGAGGAGAGCUGUGAAUUCUCCUGUGCCCUGGCACACCUGAAGCUGCUGAAUUCAUUCGUGACCUCUGUGGGGGUUGUGACCCCGCCCUUCUCCUGCAGCUCCGUGCUCAAGUCAGCCCUCGGUCCAGACGUCGUCUGUCGCUGGUGGACAUCCGCAGUCACCAUGGUUAUCAGCUGGCUUCAAGGAGACGAUACAGCUGUGCGCACUCACUCUGCCGAAGUAGAACGUGUCCCCAAGGCUCUGGAUGUGACUGAGAACCCCUUGGUGAAGGCUGUCUUCCACGUGUGUAGAGCCAUGCACACCUCGCUCUCGGGGAAGGUGGACGCCCAGCAGAGCUUCAGCCACUGUGAGAGGGCCAGCGGUCACUUGUGGAACAGCCUCAACGUCAGUGGGGCUGCUGCCGACUCCACCCUCCACCAUGUGGUCCAGCUACUCAUCUGUGACCUGUUGCUGUCCCUGAGGACCGUGCUCUGGCAAAAGCAGACGGGUGCCAGCCAGGCCCUGGGUGAGACCUACCAGGCAUCGGGCGCUGAGCUGACUGGCUUCCAGCGGGACCUGGGCAGUCUACGCAGGCUGGCCCACAGCUUCCGCCCGGCAUACCGUAAGGUGUUCCUGCAUGAAGCCACCGUGCGCCUGAUGGCAGGAGCCAGCCCCACCCGCACCCACCAGCUGCUGGAGCACAGCUUCCGGCGACGCACCACCCCGAACACCAAGCAUGGUGAAGUGGACACCUGGCCUGGCCAGCGUGAACGUGCCACCGCCAUCCUGCUGGCCUGCCGCCACCUCCCCCUCUCUUUCCUCUCCUCCCCGGGCCAGCGGGCAGUGCUGCUGGCCGAGGCCGCCCGCACCCUGGAGAAGGUGGGUGACCGGCGCUCCUACAGUGACUGCCAGCAGAUGGUCGUCAAACUGGGCGGCGGCACGGCCAUUGCUGCCUCCUGA